AUGCAAAAGGCAAUGAAAAGCGCAGAUAUUAUAAAAGCUAAUAAUGACUGGUUAGAUGCCCAAGCCAGCGCUAAAGCAGCCCAACUUAUAGGGUCAAUAAGGACAAAAAUACAAGCGGAUGAAGACAGUUCAAAUGAAGCUUUAAUGAAUGCUGACUUUAAGAAUGCCUUCGAAGCUCUUCAUAGUAAGGUGAAACUAGUGAACGACUUCUCAUCUGGAAAGAAACUGAAGUCUGAAGGUUUCGACAAAGAGUUAAGAGAAGUAGCACAAAAUAUGACGAAAAUAACAGAUGCAGCAACGAGACAGGCAGUUCAAAGUGCCUAUGAUGCCGUUAGAGCAGCUGUCGUGGAAAGUCAAGAAAAAGAGUUACAACAGACCAAAACAGACCUAGUAAAUGCUUUCUUAAGAAUGAAAAGUCAGGUAGGACAUUAUGCUGCAGAUGGAACAUAUGUGCCAGCUGGUGGAACUUAUAUACCACCAAACACUCCAAGAGAAGCACCUGCACCAGGACUACCUAAAACAUUUACAUCGUCACAUGGACACAGACACAGACAUGCACCAAAACCAACACAACAACCAACAGUUCAAAAUCCAGCACAACAACAACAACCAAAACAAACAGUUCAAAAUCCAGCAUAA